ACGGGCGGCCGUCUUCCCACUAUUGCUUCUGGCAAGCACCGACCACCGAGGUCCUUCAAUCUUGAAUCAUGUCCAAAGAAAAGUCCUUCGACACCAAAAAGUUCUUGAUCGAUCUCGCCUCAGGAGGUACCGCUGCUGCCGUCUCCAAGACCGCUGUUGCCCCAAUUGAGCGUGUCAAGCUUCUCCUCCAGGUCCAAGAUGCUUCCAAGGCUAUCGCCGUUGACAAGCGUUACAAGGGAAUCAUGGAUGUUCUCAUCCGUGUCCCAAAGGAGCAAGGAGUUGCUGCCCUCUGGAGAGGAAACCUCGCUAACGUCAUCCGGUACUUCCCAACUCAGGCCAUGAACUUCGCCUUCAAGGACACAUACAAGGCAAUCUUCCUUGAGGGACUCGACAAAAAGAAGGACUUCUGGAAGUUCUUCGCAGGAAACUUGGCUUCCGGAGGAGCUGCUGGAGCCACCUCCCUCUGCUUCGUCUACCCACUCGACUUUGCCCGUACCCGUCUUGCUGCUGAUAUUGGAAAGGCCAACGACCGUGAAUUCAAGGGACUUGCUGACUGCCUUAUCAAGAUCGUGAAAUCCGAUGGACCAAUCGGACUCUACAGAGGAUUCUUCGUCUCCGUGCAAGGAAUUAUCAUCUACCGUGCCGCAUACUUCGGAAUGUUCGAUACCGCCAAGAUGGUCUUCGCUUCUGAUGGACAGAAACUCAACUUCUUCGCCGCUUGGGGAAUUGCUCAAGUUGUCACAGUCGGAUCUGGAAUCCUUUCCUACCCAUGGGACACUGUUCGUCGUCGUAUGAUGAUGCAGUCUGGACGCAAGGAUAUCCUCUACAAAAACACCCUCGAUUGCGCAAAGAAGAUCAUCCAAAACGAAGGAAUGUCCGCUAUGUUCAAGGGAGCCCUCUCCAACGUCUUCCGUGGAACCGGAGGAGCCCUCGUCUUGGCCAUCUACGACGAAAUCCAGAAGUUCCUUUAAAUUUGAUAACACUUUGAUAAUUUUUACCUUGUCAUUGUCCAACAAAAUCUCGUUAUGUAGCUUGUUUUAGCAAAGUAGUUCACCUAGCUACUAUGUUAAGUUUUCAAAAAUAAAGCGAGCCACAUAAAAAGUUUUAAAUCCUCUAUUAAAGUUUUCCCCUUUUCAAAUUCUCAUUCUUUCCCUCAACACCCCGAUUGAACAUUCGUUAGGAUAGCCCCUUUAUCUGGACUCGGUUUGACAAUCUCGGUUAUUGCACCUGUGUUUGCCGUUGAUCUUUAAAAUUACUCGAACAACAAUAAAACGUUGUUGAUUU